GUGGUUAUGGUGCAACCGCAUUAAAUAUGAAGCGGGAUCCCCUGAAACUCAAAAGCACCGACACUGAAUUUCCACUAACACUUGGUCGAGAUGUCUCUGGUGUUGUUAUGGAAUGUGGACUGAGUGUGUCUUAUUUCAAACCUGGAGAUGAGGUGUGGGCAGCAAUUCCGCCGUGGAAACAGGGCACUCUGUCAGAGUUUGUGGUAGCUAGUGGAAACGAGGUGGCUUUCAAGCCCAAGUGUCUCAGUCACACAGAAGCUGCCUCCUUACCAUACGUAGGUCUCACAGCCUGGUCUGCAGUUAACCAAGUUGGAGGACUGAACCGAAGUAACUGUAGUGGGAAAAGAGUAUUAAUAUUAGGAGCUUCAGGAGGAGUUGGUACGUUUGCUGUACAGCUAGUGAAGGCCUGGGGUGCUCACGUGACAGCAGUUUGUUCUCAUGAUGCUAGCACGCUGAUGAAAAAGCUUGGAGCAGAUGAUGUGAUUGAUUACAAAUCUGGAAAUCUGGAGGAGCAACUUAAAACAUUACCCUUAUUUGAUUUCAUCCUAGAUAAUGUUGGCGGAUCCACUGAGAAGUGGGCUCUAGAUCUCCUGAAGAAGUGGUCAGGAGCAACGUACGUUACCUUAGUGACACCUUUCCUGAUCAAUAUGGACAGACUUGGAGUGGCUGAUGGCAUGUUACAAACGGGAGUCACCGUUGGUUCCAAAACUGUAAAGUAUCUCUUUAAAGGAGUCCAUUAUCGGUGGGCAUUUUUUAUGCCAAGUGGCCCAAGUUUGGAUGAAAUAGCAGAACUGGUUAAUUCUGGAAAGAUUCAACCAGUUAUUGAUGAAGUCUUCUCUUUCUCUGAAGUUCCAAAGGCCUUUCUGAAAUUGGAAGGAGGACACGCACGUGGAAAAACCGUGAUCAAUGUAAUUAGUAAAAAAUAA